AUGAAUGUUUCACCUUUACAAUUGGAUACCAAUUGUUUCAAUAAUACAUCUCAUUAUCAUCCCUCUUAUUAUGGUAACAAUAUGUCCUCAACUUGGUCGUCAUCAUCAUCUCUACUUUGUCCAUCGGCAACCAUGACUUAUCAAACAUCAUCUUUACCAUCUGCUCUCCAACCUAUCGAAAAUUAUUGUUCAAUUGACACCUAUUAUCCAUCAAGUUCAGAACCAAUAGCAUCAUCAUCCGAAAUGUCUGUUUAUUCUUCGUCAUCACAAUUUUCAUCGGCACCUAUUCUUCCUCCACCUCAUCUCUAUUCAUCAAAUGAUUUUAUCGUUCAAUCGUCAUCUUCAUCAACAAUGAUGUUACCACAAAAUCGCGCCAAUUAUACACGCCACCAACUUGUUAUGCUGAAUGAAAUUUUUAAAAAACAUAAAUAUCCAAAUAGUUUACAGAAAACACUUAUCGCGAAAUAUAUUGGUGUAUCACGUGAUCAAAUACGUAUAUGGUUUCAAAAUAAACGUCGAAAAGUACAAUUAAUCAAUAAAGGCCAAGCAAAGCAAACAAAAAAUGAUGUCGAAUGUGAGUAUGGAGAAUAUCGACGGCACUUACCAAAAAAUUUUCUUGGUGAUCUUUUUCAAGAAUUAUAUAAAGCUCGUGGAGCACCUGCACGUCUACCAGUUAAACGUGAUAAUAAUUCUAAAAUCGACAAUACUGAACAUGAACAACAAAAUCUUUAUUAUUAUCCAACAACAAUGAAUUCAAAUUAUUAUUACGAGCCAAAUCAUUUAAUUGAGCAAGAUGAUUCAUCACACGAAGAAAAUCACGGUCAAUACUUACCGAACUAUGCUCAUCAUGUCUACUCAGAUCGUUUAUAG